GAGAGAGAGAGAGAGAGAGAGAGAGAGAGAGAGCCGCAGAGCUCGGUGACACCGACACACACCAGGCUGCCGGAGCCGAGCGGAGGAGCCUUGUGUCCGGGAGCCUUUACCCAACGUGCUGGAUGCGGGGAGGGAGGUGAGAUAUGCGGGCGCCGCGUCUGAAGGAGCCCCACCGUUGUGUUCGUGCUCGCUGUGACCGACAGUCCUCCUCCUGCUGCUGCUGCUGCUCUCCGCGGAUCAUCUAACGGCGCCGCACCGGGGACAUCACAGGGACUAUGUGAGCACCAUGCUCGCCGUGAGAUGCCUGCUGUUCGCCGCAGCGUGUGCACGGUGCGCCGCGACCGGUCUGGAGGGAAGCCUGCCGCCUGCAGAAGAGCUCGUUCAGCCCAAGCGGCUCCUGCAACAGACCCACUCCCCGGAGGAGCUGCUCCACAGCCGCCUGGACACCCGGGUCUCAAACGACACCACCGGGGCGCAGCCGGUUCAUCUGGCUCAGUGCAGCUUCCUGGUGGAGGCGUUCGGCACUUCCUUCAUCCUUGACCUGGAACUCAACCACAAUCUCCUGUCUACAGACUAUGUGGAGCGUCACUACGAUGAUGACGGGCAGCCAUCAGAGAACAUGGGGGGAGAGCACUGCUACUACCACGGUCGAGUGCGUGGCCUGACCGGCUCCUGGGCUGCUCUGUCCACCUGCCACGGCCUGCGAGGGAUGUUUUCUGAUGGGAACUUCUCAUAUGGGAUUGAACCUGUUGGCAAUGGAGAGGAGCAUGACGACCACAUCGUGCAUCGCAUGCCAGACAUUGACCUCUUCCAACCUCCCUGUCCCGGUCCAGGAUGCUCUGAGAAGAACAAAGAGCCUGGGGGGCAGCCAGAUGGCCACAGUGAAGGAGAUGGGGAGCUGAAGGAUAAGAACAACUGGUCUGAAGAAGAGAAGCCCUUCGUCGCAGAAAGACUGAGACGCUCGAAAAGACAAGUGCGGCGAGGCCAGCGCACCGUCCAGACUGAGACCAAGUAUAUCGAGCUGAUGGUGGUGAACGACCACGAACUGUUUGUCCAGCUCCGUCGGUCGACCACUCAUACAAAGAAUUUUGCCAAAGCGGUGGUGAACAUGGCCGAUGCGAUCUACAAGGAGCAGCUCAACACUCGUAUCGUCCUGGUGUCCAUGGAAACCUGGUCGUCUGAAAACAGAGUCUCCAUCGGCGACGAUGCCUUGCUCACGCUGCGUGACUUCAUGAAGUUCAGGAAGGAGAGCAUCAAGGAGCGCUGUGACGCCGUGCACCUCUUCUCAGGGAGGACGUUCAUGAGCAGUCGCAGUGAGGCGGCCUACAUCGGGGGCAUCUGCUCACUCACCAGGGGUGGAGGCAUCAAUGAGUUUGGCAGCGUGGGCCCCAUGGCCAUCACGUUGUGUCAGAGUCUUGGCCAGAACAUUGGCAUGCUGAGGAACAAGGAGCGACCAGCCGCAGGAGACUGCAGGUGUCCGGAUCCAUGGCUUGGCUGCAUCAUGGAGGAUACAGGCUACUACCUGCCCAGGAAGUUUUCUCGCUGCAGUAUUGACGAGUACAUGCGCUUCCUCCAGGAGGGAGGAGGCAGCUGCCUCUUCAACAAGCCCAGCAAGCUGUUAGACCCGCCAGAGUGUGGCAAUGGAUAUGUAGAGCUGGGAGAGGAAUGUGACUGUGGAUCACUGGUGGAAUGCGCCCGGAGUGGAGCCAACUGCUGUAAGAAGUGUACACUUACCCACAAUGCCAUGUGCAGCAAUGGGCUCUGCUGCAGGGACUGUAAGUACGAGCUGAGAGGGACGACGUGCCGUGAUGCUGUCAACGACUGUGACAUUCCUGAGACCUGCAUGGGCGACUCCAGCCAGUGUCCUCAUAAUGUACACAAACUGGACGGCUACAUGUGUGACGUCGGCCAGGGUCGUUGUUAUGGAGGUCGCUGUAAGACCAGAGAUGGCCAGUGCAGAACUCUGUGGGGCUACAACUCAGCUGACAGGUUCUGCUAUGAGAAGCUGAACUCUGAGGGGACAGAGAAAGGAAACUGUGGCCCAGACUCCACUGGUCAGGGAUGGGUGCAGUGCAACAAGCAGGACGUUCUGUGUGGUUUGCUGCUGUGCACCAAUCUGACAGAUAAGCCGAGGUUUGGCGAGCUGCAGGGGAAGCUCACGAGUCUGACCAUCCACCAUCAGAGCAGAUACCUGGACUGCAGGGGAGGCCAUGCGGUGCUGGAUGACGGUUUGGACCUGGGCUACGUGGAGGACGGGACGCCGUGUGGGCCAAACAUGAUGUGCUUGGAGCGCCGCUGCCUCCCUGUCACCACCUUCAACCUCAGCACCUGCCCGGGCUCCUCGUCCUCACGCAUCUGCUCCCACCACGGGACGUGCAGUAACGAGGUGAAGUGCAUCUGUGAUACAGACUACACUGGGAAGGACUGCAGCGUCUUUGACCAACUGCCCAUACCCACCCCGCCAGACGGCCCCGAAAAACACAAAGGUCCCAGUGGCACCAAUAUCAUAAUAGGUGCGGUUGCUGGUGCAAUUCUUGUGGCAGCGAUAGUCCUAGGGGGAACUGGCUGGGGAUUUAAGAACAUCCGAAGGGGAAGAUCUUCAGGAGUGUGAGACAUAUUUCUCUGUUGUCCUGUCUUCCUUUACACUGUGUCCAGUACGCUCUAAGGAGACGGGGGGAAAAAAGACGACCUCCGUCUACGAGCCAUCAGACCUUUUAUUUUCCCCUUUCUGACUUUACUGAUGCUCUCUCCAUGAGUAUUUUCUCCUUCUGGAAAGUCAAAUUGUGCUUUUUGAACAGAACCCCUGAGGUCACAUCCCCACAGAUCUGAACGGCUGUCAGGGAUCGUCCGGAGACAUGUUUUUGUCCCGGACACAGAGCAAUUAAUUUAUGCCGCUUUUUCGAUUUUUCCUUUCCCCUUCCACUGGUAACAGCUGAUCUUCUGCCAUAUUGACUGUUAUUAUGCUUUUUAUUUCUUUUAGUGAUUUGAUGGAAGAAGGCUGUGUACUUCUCCGGGGGCCGGACUUUUUACAGAAGCCUUCUCUCGAUAACACAUUUAACCUCAUGGAGAACACAGUCAACACAGUCGCCUCUCCUCAGGAGUGUGACUUUAACUGCAAUAGAAGUGUAUAAAUAUCAUACAGAAUAGUGAACGCUCACGUUUUAUCUAAAGUAGAUGAGGGUUAUUUUUUGUGUGUAAGGACUUUACAGUACAUUCCACAGUAACAGCCACAAUUCUCCCUCUAAUACUGUCUUUCAUUAUCUCGCAGUAGUCCAACCCUAAAUCAAUGCUUCGACAUAAUAUGCAUUAAUGUAUGAAUGUAUAGUUCACGCCUGCAAGGAAGCUUGUUAUGGUCGUAUCUCUGUGCUGGUGACAUCCAAGUCCUUUGUGCGACACUGCAGUCAGGCUGGCUAGACAGUUGCACAUGUAUAGACCGAAGGUUUUAUCCCACUGUAUCAUAUGUAAAUCCAUAUAUGACCAACAUGCAUACAGGUAUGCUGAACAUGGGUGCUGAUGUACAUAGUGUAUUAUAAGGAUGACUCGUUUGGAAAGCAGUGACACACUGCCGCUCUGAAUGGAAGCACAAGAAAACCCCCUCCUGCCUCUCAGCCUAUACUGCUCGUUUUGAGGAUGUAACUAGCUAGAAGCGGAUUCAAAUCUUUGCAGUUUGUACUUUCUAGGAAAAGUGGAGCUCAUCUGGAUUUCCAACUUUGUCGUUGGCUACAUGCCUGAUUAUUUGGACUGCAAAGAAGAUGUGUGUCUCGCAGUGCGAAGGAAAUUUUCAAGUUUCAAUGAGCAUAGUUAGGAGACCGACACACAGGAUGAAGAUUUACGACUUAAAACUUGGCUUCUGCGGUAUGUACACACACGUGUGCAUAAAUUACAGAACAUUAGAAUAUGAGGCUGUGUAAUGAUCCAAACAUUCAAUCUCGUCUCAACACAUACCUUACCUGUGUGAAACAAGGUCUACCUUAAAAAAAAAAAUCUAAUUCUGCAGCUUUUAUGCGCAUCACUGUCUCAACUCAUCUUCUCUGGACCUCAGGUCUCAUAUCUGCUAUCAGCUUCAGAGAAUUCCUGCAGUUUUUAGUUUUUUUUUUAAUACAAAGACUGCUUGAGAAGUUUUUUGUUUCACCAGGAACGAUAAAGAACUGCAGCAACGGCACAGACGCCAGAGAAGAUGAUCCAUGUUACACUGCCAGUAAACCUACAGUGGCUCUAGAGGAAUAUGUCAACAUUUUGAGUUGAAGUCUUUCACACGGGGAAAUCAAGUGUAUUCAAAUUUACUUUCCUCACUGAAGUGAAGUAGGAGAAGUGAAAAUUAUACAAAAGAAAUUCAUGAUUUAUCGAAUCACACUUUAUUCCCUAAACACAGUAAUAUAAAAUCUGAAAACACUCAAGGACAGACUUGGCUGAAAGCUCAGGUUACACCACUUGUGAUCUCAUCGUGGUGGUUGGUCUCAUCACAGGUAUUUUGGCACCGGGUCACAUUCAGUGUGGAAGUCCUGCAGGGAAGUAAACAGAAUUAUAUCAAUGACCAUGCUCAUAUUACUGUAUAUUAAAAAAUACAUAUUAAAACAUAUCUGAAUACCA